CAUCCUCUUCCCCCUCCUUUUUUAUUUUUUUUUCUUUCUCCACGCAAAGACCAGCGACAAGCCCAGGAAUGUCCAGCGUCGCCCGCGCCGCCUCUCUCGCCGUAGCCUGCCCUGGCCAGGGCAUAGUCCCGCGGGGCUGCCUCGCGGCGCUCCGCCGCCACCAGCAUGUAUUCCAGCACACGCUAGAUUGCGUGGACCUGGUUUUCGGCGCCAAAGUAUCGGCUCUUCUAGUCCAGGACCCGCCCGCCGCGCCCGACCCCUGGAGCCGCUCCACGGCCAACGCCCAGCCGGCCAUCGUGGCCUCCACGUACGCUUUGAUCCAGGUGCUCCGCGCCGUCACCGGCAUCGAUUUGAUGGCCGAUGGCCGCGUGGCGUAUUUCUUGGGCCACUCGCUUGGCGAGUACUCGGCCCUUCUCCUCGCGGGCGUGCUCACGCUCCCGCAGGCCCUCCACGUGGCCAGGCAACGCGGCCUCAUGAUGGAGGCUCUUGUGCGCGAGAAAGCCUACGAAAUGCGGGUCUUGGUUUUCCGGCCCGCCGCGUACGGCCAGGUGCACGGCUUGGCGGCCGCCCGCGGCGUGCUUGCGUGUGCCAACAACGCGUCGCAGAUCCUGGUUCUGGGGGAGCCGGGCGAACUCGACGCGUUGGUGCACGAGCUCAACACGCCGCGCAAAACCGUGCUCAAACAGGUCCUGUUGCCGGUGGCCGUUCCGUUCCAUAACCGUGUUUUGCGUGCCAUCGAGCCGCGCUUGCUAGACUUGGUGCCGCGGCCCAGGCCGGCCCUGAAGCCGGUCGUCAGCAACUUCACGGGCGGCGUGUCUGCUGGGAAUCUUUUCGAAAACACGGUGAGAUGCAACUCGGCGCCCGUGCAAUGGAAGGCGUCCAUGGAGUUGUUGGAGCGUGCGGGCGUGGGGGCGGUCGUCAACUUGGGCCCGGGCAGUGCCGUGGAUGCGAUCAACGCCAAGUUCGGCUUGGCCAACUACCCGGUGAAAUGCGAGGCCGACAUGCAGAGACUCGCCGCUGCCUUGAGCCCCGCGCCGUGAUCACCACAGGGCGUCUUUGGGCGGCAGCCUGUUUAUUUCUUCUGAGUAUUCUUCUGGGUAUUCUUCUGGGUAUUCUUCUGGGUAUUCGUCUGGGUAUUCUUCUGGGUAUUCUUCUGGGUAUUCUUCUGGGUAUUCUUCUGGGUAUUCUUCUGGGUAUUCUUCUGGGUAUUCUUCUGGGUA